AUGGCCGAUACUGAGGAUGCCGGUUCCGCGUCUGUCUCCGAACCUUUAGACCUUGUCCGCCUCUCCCUCGACGAGAUUGUUUUUGUCAAGCUACGAGGUGAUCGCGAGCUCAAGGGCCGUCUUCACGCUUACGAUAGUCACUGCAACCUGGUGCUGGGCGACGUUGAGGAGACAAUUUACGUGGUGGAGGAUGACGAGAACGACCAGGAGACCAUCCGAACGAUCAAAAAACAGGAGGAAAUGCUCUUUGUUCGAGGCGACUCGGUUGUUCUGAUUUCCCCCCAAGCGUGA